GUAGAUAACAUUUAAAAACGAGACAAAUCUUUGCUGUCUCCGCCGUGUCUUUCUCCUCCUAACUUUUCUCCACUCCCCUCUCACUCACCCAGCUUUAUCAGCGCACACUCGCACAGUAGUAAUUCAGCACACCACUCUUCUUAUUAAAAUCCCAUUCAAGACUCAGGCCUGACCCCCUUUUUCCUCUUUUCUCCGUCCAUCUUUGCCGGCUUUCUUUCUCCAUUUCACGCUAGAUCUCUUUCGACAUCUUGGGUGGUGAAAGCAUCGAGAAAAGAUGUCGAAACCAAGUGCAUUGGAUCUGGCUACUGGGCUCGGUGGAAAGAUUGCCAAGGAUGAUGUUGUCUCUGCUGUUGACAAGUAUGAGAAAUAUCAUGGUUACUAUGGAGGUGAUGAGGAAGAGAGGAAAGCUAACUACAGUGACAUGGUCAACAAGUACUAUGACCUGGUGACUAGCUUCUAUGAAUAUGGCUGGGGAGAAUCAUUCCACUUCGCAGCAAGAUUGAAAGGAGAGUCUCUGAAGGAGAGCAUUAAGCGGCAUGAGCAUUUCCUGGCUCUACAAUUAGGGCUGAAACCAGGACAGAAGGUCUUGGAUGUAGGAUGUGGAAUUGGUGGACCCUUGAGAGAAAUUGCUCAGUUCAGCUUAACUUCAGUUACUGGUCUGAACAACAAUGAAUAUCAGAUAUCAAGAGGAAAGGUACUGAACCAUGCUGCUGGGGUAGAACGCACUUGUGACUUUGUGAAGGCUGAUUUCAUGAAAAUGACAUUCCCUGACAACCAUUUUGAUGCAGUAUAUGCAAUAGAAGCUACAUGUCAUGCACCUGAUGUGGUGGGAUGCUACAAAGAGAUAUAUAGGGUACUAAAACCUGGUCAAUGUUUUGCUGCAUAUGAAUGGUGUAUGACAGACUCUUUUGACCCCAAUAACAGAGAACAUCAAAAAAUCAAGGCUGAAAUAGAGCUUGGCAAUGGUCUACCUGACAUAAGAUUAACAGGACAGUGCCUUGAGGCUGUGAAGAAAGCAGGUUUUGAAGUUAUUUGGGGGAAAGAUCUUGCAGCAGACUCACCGGUUCCUUGGUACUUGCCCCUGGAUAAAAGUCACUUCUCCUUGAGCAGUUUCCGACUAACAGCAGUCGGACGUCUUAUUACCAAAAACCUAGUUAAGGCUCUAGAGUAUGUAGGACUUGCCCCAAAUGGAAGUCAGAGGGUUCAAGAUUUCUUAGAGAAAGCUGCAGAAGGGCUUGUUGCUGGUGGAAAGAAAGAUAUCUUCACACCAAUGUAUUUCUUCUUGGCUCGGAAGCCCCUUUCAGAUGGUCAGUAGUGUGACAGGGAUCACUGUUUUGUUUGAAGAUCUUGUUCAGUAAAAUCAUUUAGGUUUGGCUGAGUCUUGUGACUAUGCUAAUUGUGCGUUAUUCUGAAAGAUGCUCUGCAUUUGAAGUUCUGUUGCUAUUUCCUGCAUCUUUCAGCAGAUUUCUCGCUUUUUCUUUGACUCUCUUCGCCUCAAGUAACCUAUAUAAGUUUUCUUUCUCUGCAAUUUGUUUGGUUGGGAAAAGGGAUACUCUUUUAACAGACA